CAUUACAAGGAGAGGGGAGGAGAGGUGGGGUGUUGCUAAUCAGCAGCAGCAACACAAGCUAUCCAUCGGGAAUACACACAGAUCUUUGGCUAGUUUUUUUUUUUUAAAUUUAUCAUUAUUGCUUCUUGCAGCCCAAAGCUCUGCAGCAGUCGGCCCAGCCCAGGCUCAUGUAUAUUGCAUGGUAUCAGCAGGCAGAGUGCUCCUCUUCCCUGGGGAUGUGAGCAAGAUCCAUUGCUCCUGCGGAUGUGAGCGCCCUGCCUGGCUGUGUGUUUUGUGCUCAGCUCACAGGGAGGGCUGGAGCCUGGGAAAGCAGCAGCACAGCCUCCCAUUUGCAUGGAUUCUCCAAGACGGUAGGUAGAAGAAGUAGCACAGCACCGUCCUCACUGCCGGCCCCUGGAUUACAUGUGGAUUUUAGGAGGACGUCCCCUUGUUUUCCGUUAGCCAUCCAGCCACUAAUCCAUGCAUUGAGUGGGUGUCGCAGGAUUGAAGGCUGAUCCAAGGUAGGAAGAGGAAACAUUGUAUCCCGCAGCAGCCGGAGAGGACACACUGUAUCUCCCCUUGAUCUGCCAGGGAGAGAGGGGGCUCCUCACUCACCAUGGUUGUUUUCAAUGGCUUGCUGAAGAUCAGGAUCUGUGAGGCUGUGAACCUGAAGCCCACAGCCUGGUCCCUCAGACAUGCCGUGGGUCCCAAACCCCAGACCUUCCUGCUGGACCCUUACAUAGCUGUGAAUGUGGAUGACUCCAGAAUAGGGCAGACCUCCACCAAGCCCAAGACCAACAGCCCUGCCUGGCACGAUGACUUCUCCACUGAUGUCUGCAAUGGGAGGAAGAUAGAGCUGGCUGUUUUUCAUGAUGCCCCUAUUGGGUACGACGAUUUUGUGGCCAACUGCACCAUCCAAUUCGAAGAUCUACUGCAUAAUGGGAGCCGGCAUUUCGAGGACUGGAUUGACUUGGAGCCAGAAGGCAGAGUAUAUGUUAUCAUUGAUCUUUCUGGGUCCUCGGGUGAAGCACCCAAAGAAAAUGAAGAACGAGUAUUCAGGGAGAGGAUGCGACCAAGAAAACGUCAGGGUGCUGUACGACGCAGGGUCCACCAAGUUAAUGGGCAUAAGUUUAUGGCAACAUACCUUAGACAACCUACAUACUGUUCGCACUGCAGAGACUUUAUAUGGGGGGUCAUAGGAAAACAGGGAUAUCAAUGUCAAGUUUGCACUUGCGUAGUUCACAAGAGAUGCCACGAGCUUAUAAUAACGAAGUGUGCUGGCUUAAAGAAACAGGAAGCCCCCGAUGAGGUGGGUUCCCAGCGUUUCAGUGUCAACAUGCCUCACAAAUUCAGUAUCCAUAACUACAAAGUACCGACAUUUUGUGACCACUGUGGUUCAUUACUCUGGGGCCUCAUGAGGCAAGGUUUACAAUGCAAAGUGUGUAAAAUGAACGUGCAUAGACGCUGUGAAUCUAAUGUAGCACCUAACUGUGGAGUGGAUUCUAGGGGAAUCGCGAAAGUAUUAGCUGACCUUGGCGUAACGCCGGAUAAGAUCACCGCUGCAGGCCAGAGGAGGAAAAAGCUAAUUCCAGGUCCUGAAACACAGCCGCCAGUACCUGGGGGUCCAUCUGUUGAAGAUGACAGAUCAAAAUCUGCACCAACGUCUCCAUGUGAUCAGGAAAUUAAAGAACUUGAAAAUAACAUCAGAAAAGCUUUGUCAUUUGAUAAUCGAGGCGAAGAGCACAAAUCAGCAGCAACUACGUCCACUGACAGUCAGCUGACGAUUACUGGAGAAAAUGGCGAGAACGGCGAGAUUAAAAUCCAUCAGACAAAGCGGAUAGGUCUGGAAGAUUUCAAUUUCAUCAAAGUAUUAGGAAAAGGCAGCUUUGGGAAGGUUAUGCUCGCGGAGUAUAAAGGUAAAGAUGAAGUAUAUGCUGUUAAGGUUCUGAAGAAAGACGUUAUAUUACAAGACGAUGAUGUAGAUUGCACUAUGACAGAAAAGAGAAUUUUGGCUCUAGCACGAAAGCAUCCGUAUCUAACGCAACUUUACUGCUGUUUCCAGACAAAGGAUCGUCUAUUUUUUGUCAUGGAGUAUGUAAAUGGAGGAGACCUAAUGUUUCAGAUUCAACGCUCACGGAAAUUUGAUGAACCUCGAUCGCGAUUUUAUGCGGCAGAAGUGACCUCAGCUCUCAUGUUUCUUCAUCAACAUGGUGUUAUAUACAGGGACCUUAAACUGGACAACAUACUUCUGGAUGCAGAAGGUCAUUGCAAACUAGCUGACUUUGGGAUGUGUAAAGAAGGCAUUUUAAAUGGUGUCACUACGACAACAUUCUGUGGUACACCGGAUUAUAUUGCUCCCGAGAUCCUGCAAGAGUUAGAGUAUGGACCCUCAGUCGAUUGGUGGGCCCUUGGCGUCCUGAUGUAUGAGAUGAUGGCAGGACAACCUCCGUUUGAAGCGGACAAUGAAGAUGACCUCUUCGAAUCUAUCCUUCAUGAUGAUGUCCUUUACCCAGUUUGGCUCAGUAAAGAAGCUGUCAGCAUUUUGAAAUCCUUUAUGACAAAGAAUCCAAACAAGCGGUUAGGAUGCGUCCCAUCCCAGGGACUCGAAGAUGCCAUCAAACAGCACCCGUUUUUCAAAGAGAUUGAUUGGGUACUCUUGGAGCAAAGGAAAAUCAAGCCUCCAUUCAAGCCUCGAAUUAAAACCAAACGUGACGUAAACAACUUUGACCAGGAUUUCACGCGAGAGGAACCUGUUCUAACACUGGUGGAUGAAGCCAUAGUAAAGCAAAUCAAUCAAGAUGAAUUUAAAGGAUUUUCUUAUUUUGGCGCGGAACCUGAAGCCUAAUAUGGAUCUUGUACUGGCCGGUCCUUCAAGCAGUAGUCCUACGGAGACAAACAUGUGACUGAGAUUCAGUGGAUCCUCACAAUCUUGUUCUUUUAAUGAGCCUGCUCAUGUAAAGAUGCUAUUUAUUGUUUGUUAUUUUUAUUCCCUGAACUGAAGGCACUCCUAAUUUCUGUUUUACAGAGCAAUGCAAAAUCUUGUUUUGUUUCAGAAACUGUAAUUGUAACACACUGCCGUGUCUGUGACCACAGUAUACUAGACAAUCUUCACGAGGAAAGAAAAUAGAAUGGUAUAUAUAUUUUUUUAUUUUGUUAAUUUUACCAUAAAUCUCGGACAGAAAAAAAAAUCUGGGCUGGCCAGAAUACUGACCGUGUCAUGUAACCUUUCCUAGAUUUCACUUGAAGCCACUUUCACAGAUUUGCAAUGCCGCAAAGAGAGUAUUUGUGUACAGUCAGUCAAAUACCCACCACAGAUCUGUGAGACUUGUGAAAUUAAUGGAAAUAAAGUAUUUGCUUACAGUAGAUACAGUCAAAAUGUGAAAUAACACAACCCUUUUUUAUUUUAAUUUUUUUUUUUCACAAGCCACACAUACUCACAAAAAAGCAGUAGAAUAGCUAAAAAAAAAAAAAAGAGUUUAGUUGGAAUGAUUAUAAAAAGGAAUUGACCCCUCACUGUCGAAAUGAAUUACACUUUAUUCUAGUGCAGUGCACUACAACCUGUUACCGUUUCAUGGUGGCACACCUGGGGUAUGAACAAAGCCAUCAUACAUUUUUUUAGGCAGCUUUGUAAGGGCUAAGUAUUUUAGCAGUAGAAAAGACAAAAAUUUGAAAAAGAGAUUCCUCCUUUUUCAUUUUGUAGUUUUUUUUUCUUUUAUGUAGUACUAAUAUAUUUCCAAUGACCUAUUACUUUUUAAGUUACAUUCCUUAACUCUUGACAGUGCAGAGUGACAGGGUCUUAAACAUACAGCCGUUCUGUUGCAAGAUCUUCCAGAGAAGAUUGCAAUAGAAUGCAUUGCAGUUGGCUUAAAACUGCCUAGUUUUGCUUCAGAGGAGCCUGCAGAAGCCAUAAAGUGCAUUGCCGGCUCUCUGAAGACAAACGAGUUAAAGCUUCAGGGGACACAAAUGGAAAAAAAGACAAACCAGUAUUUAAAAAUCACUAUUUAUGCCGCAUGAGUUUUGUUCAGUGGAAACAUUCCCCUAAAUCUUUACCUUCAGAGUGCAGCAAGAGUGACCAGCGCGUUUUACAUUACUGCAAAAUGCGUUGCUUAACCCUGUAAGGGUUACACAGUUGCAGUGCAUAGUAUUCUUUUUGCACAUUAUAAGUACAACAUAGCACUACUGUGUGUUUCUUUUUUAAAUUUAGUUUUAUUUUUCUUGUCUAACGUGACAAUGUGAUAUAUAUAUAUAGAAUGAAAAUGAAAAAUAAGUAAAUAUUAAAUCACACUUAUGGAAAAGUGUGCGGAUGAUCAAAUAUUCAUAACUGACAUUCUGAGGAUAUGUACAUUUGAUUCUUUGUUGUGUGUAUGAAUUUGGUAACUCUGUCAGGAAUUCUUGCUAAGGCAACGUUACCUGUUAGAGACGCUAGCAGUGUUAUGUAAGUAAAUUUUUUUGCAGGAGUAACCUGUGUUUGUGUGUACAUGUAUUGCAUUUUAUGAUGUAUUUUACUGGACUGAUGUUGAGCAGUUUCUGGGAUUCAUUAGAAAUGGAUUUACGUCAGGUUUGGGUGACCUGGAGCUUCCUUGUGCUGGCUGUGGCUGAUGGGCAUUAGAGUCCUGAUACAGCGGAAGGGCUUUGCGCAUCCACCCCUGACUCAACAUGAAUCUCCUGCUUCUUGAAAAAAUAAAAAAUAAAAAUACAUGUGAGUGGCAAAGUGGCACUAAAUAAGCUUUUUUUGCCUUUUGUACAGGUGAGAUUUUGUAAAUAGUGUUUGCUGCAAAGCCUGUGGAGUUUAAUUCAUAAGAGAUAUCAACUGCUGCAUGUUCAGGCAAAUUCUAAGAUAGUCCAUGGGAAACAUUAAUUAUACUAAAGUCAAUGUGCAAUACUCUGUAUGUGUAUUGGUUCAACUUUCUGUGAGAGAUUAUUAGUUUUAUUUGUUUUAAAAGAUGUAAACUUAUAUUAUGCUAUACCAGAUCUCUUGUAUAGUAAUUCUGAAAUUUAUAUUGUCAAUAAUAGGAAAGAAUCGGACAAUGUACUAGCUUGAAGCAACAGUGCUAGCACAAUCAACCAUUUUUUUUAUUUUUUUAGCUUUUUAUUGUUUUAUCUUUUACUUUAAAUGUAAGCUUUGUAUUGUUUUACAUUAAGGACUACCUACUUUAGUUUUUUUGUAAUAUUUCCUCUUUAGAUAUAUAAAAAAAUCUUCUCACUGGCACCUGGAGGGAUAGAGAUACGUGAGCUUACAUCAUCUGCAUUGGAUGAUGCUCCUAUAACCUAUGACUUAGAACUGUAACCUAUGACUUAGAACUGUAUUUGAAAGCAGAGAUCAAAAUAAGUGAGACCAGGAUAUUAUUGAUAGGAAGCUUAUGAUUGCACAUAAAUGGUACAAGAUACACAGGUUUACUGUGUGAUAACUGUCGGCUAGCACUGAUGCUCUUUCUACAGGACAUUGGCUUCUUGAGGCGUUCACGGGCCUCUGCAAAUUGUUCAGUUUGUGUCUGUUGGGCAUAUGGCUGCUCGCAGCCUGCGUUAAAGAUAAUGACAUACAGUUCCAUUUUUUUUUUUAAUGAGCUCAGGUGUAACUAUAUAUUUCUUCUACGGAAUUUCAAUUGUAUGCUAAUUAUAUCAACAUUUGUUAAGUGGAAGUGGUUUAUAAUUGAUCAGAACAAUUUUAUUGUAUUUUAUCAAAAGUAGCUCUGUGUACUGGGAGAGGAAGCAAUGUUUCUGAAAUCACGUGCAAGCACGGAAACAUCUUUCUGUCUGUAUCAUCUCAUUUAUAGGGGAUAUGGUAAAUGAUAAAAAAAAAAUCACAAUGUAUCACUACUGGUUCUGUGUGGUUUGUUUGUUGUUUUUAAAAAAAAAAAAAAAUUCUGGACAUCCUGACAACUAACUGAUAAAAGGCAAAGUGCACUUUCCCGCAAAUCAGGCAUGUUUAAAAGGUAGACUCUUAGCACAUUCUACUACAUCUAGGGAUCUUCCUUUUGGCCGCCCCUUUAAUAUAUUGUCAGGCAUAAAACAAGUAUUGCAUGGGGAUGUAUCCCACACAUUGAUGGCUCAGAAGACAUUAGCAUUGCAUGGUGCACUAUUCUCUGCAGAGAGCUUUAUACAGAAGAUACUAGUAAUUAAUCUACUUAAUCUUUUUGUUUAUGGGACAAGGGUAGGUGUCCUUUUAAUCCUAGCUAGUUUAUGUUUGCAAGCUGCUAAGCCUGCCCUAUGUAUCGCGUGAAUAGGUCAAAUCUGGACCACCCCAUAGCUGCAUCACUAAUUGUAGGACUGAUGUGCGCUGUAUAGGAGACAGUAGUUUUGGAUGAAAAUAUGCUGUUCUCUACUGGAUUUCCAGGAUCCUUUUUUCCCCCAUUUGUGAGGCGUGUUUCAGACCCCCGUGGUAGUUUUUACUUAAAGUUAUUUUAAUAAAUGUAUCCUAUUGUGUAAAAGACUGAACCAUUCUAUAGAUUGCCAAAUAUUUAUGAGCGCCACACGAAACAAGUUGGCAUGGAUAAAACAUAGCCACAUCUGGUGCCCACCAUGCCAUAAUCGCUGUAUAACUUUUUAUGGAGGUGGUAGGGAAGGGUGAAAUAAGUGCCUAGACGCACCUUGGGAUUGCACAGAUUCACAGCACUUCAAGUGGUGCUGUCAUGCCGAACUUACCUUUCUCUUUUGUUUCCUCCUCUUUUCCUCUCUCAGAAUCUGUUCUUAUUUUCUUCCUAUCUGAUCUAGUUUUCUUUAAAACAUAACAUAAAUUAGAGACUACUUUGUCUUAUGUAUUUUUCCUACACUUGACUUUCUUUGACCAAAGGAGGAGCUUAAGUCCGCUCCAUUUCCUGUGUUAAGGAAAAGGGUGACUUCUUUCUCUGACACAGGAAAUGGAGCUGACUUAGGCUCCUCCUUUGGUCAAAGAAAGUCAAGUGUAGGAAAAAUACAUAAGACAAAGUAGUCCCUACUUUGUUUUAUGUUUUAAAGGAAACUAAAUCAGAAAUAAAGAAAAGAAGAACAGAUUCUGGGAGAGGGAGAUAAGAUUAAACAAUAGGAGAAAGGUAAGUUUGGCAUGACCGCGCCACUUUAAAUCUGCAAAUCAGGAUUUUGGAAAUUUAAAGUAAUACAACCCAUUGAGGUUUGUACCAGUCUUCAGUGUCUUACACGUGUAUUACAUGGAUUAGUAAAUUGGGGGGCGGGAAUAUGUUUUCAGAGCAAUUCUGAUGAAAAUUGCUAGUUGUGUUGGAAUCUUCAGAGCAUUCCAAUUGGUCUCCACGGUGAUGGCUUCACGGUUAAGAAUACUUCCGCAGGAAAAUAUGGAAAUUUCCCCAGACAUUAGAACUAAACAGGCCCCAACCUGUUCCCUAUCGUUUGUUAACCCCUAUAGCUAGAAGGGCCAGUGAUAAUGGAUGCGCUGUUACAUUUCUGACUGAUCGACAAUUUAGUUUCUGACAUUUAUUUAUUUUGUUGUGUUUUGUAUUGUGCACAAUGCCAAAAAAAAUCUAUAUUGGCUGAUCACUGCUGUUUUAUGUUUUUUUUUUUUUUGUUUUUUUUUUACUAUUUCCUUUUAGAAUUCUAAAAUGGAACCCAUUGCCAUGUUAAACAGGUUCUUUCCAAAAGUUAAAAAGAAGAUGAAAGCUGAAAAUUACCUCUUUUAAAUUAUGUGCAAAUAGUUCUGGCUAUAUAUAAAUAUAUAAAUAUAAAACGUAUUCCGUUUUUGUAAUGUGUUGCUUUAUUGUACAGGACAUUUUUUUCUUAUUGGAUGUGUUUUAAAUCUAUUGCCAUUCAUUUGUGUUACUUCAUCUUAAACGUUAUUACUGUGCCAAAUGUACUGUAUUCAAAAGGAUGUGAAUGUGUGUUUGUUUCAGAACCCAAUAAAUACAACAAUGUUGAAUUGA